ACUUUGCCGCGGUGACGGAAGACUGGCACCGAAUUUACACUCAAAAUUAGCGUCCACAUGAUACUCCGGCACGGUAAAGCGAAACCGAUGUCUCCCAAUCUCGCAUCAGGUACCGCAAUGAAGUAAUCUCACCGGAAGCGGUCCGUCGCCCUAGUAGUGUAUAGAUCUGCACCGCGCUAGUUCGCGAUUUUCUCACUCUACCGUAGUAUCCUUUCCGUGGCUGGAAAUACCGAGAGGCGGAAAUUGUACGCGUUUGUUUGAUGGUUGCUGCCGACGACGACGACGACGUGGACGACAGCGGAAUCGCAAAACCGGAACUCGUACACGUUCGUGAUUUGUGCGCUCUCCUUCACGGACGCCGUGGUGUCGCGUGAGCAGUUGCGCGAUAAGCGAUCGGAAGGCAGCACGGGAAAAUAAUCAUAAAUCGGCAACGACGAAUCGGCCACGGAGACCAGCGCAACGCAGGUUCCGGUCAGGGAUGAAACGGCAGCAGUAAACACAAACGGGUGGCCGCGGGGGUUGCUCGGCGACGCAUAUGCCACGGCGAUUACAUCAUUUCUCUCUCGCGUGCCAGCGGGGAGUCUGUGUCUCUGUUGUGUCGAAGUAAGCGCAACUUCGGCUUCGCGAGCCCGCGAGACUUGCCAAGAGAAUUUAACUCCAUUGUGCAAACAUUGCCCGACGCCGGCGGAGUGCUCUUGUGUUGUGUUGUCCGUCGUCUAGGACCGGUGUCGCAGUCGCAGCUUCAAGUCCAAGGCAAGAUAAAUGAAAUGAUCUAGUCAGCGGUAGAUCUGCAAGUGUAAAAGUGUGCGUUUUUAUCGCGAAUUGUGUACAUCUGUGCCCUGUGUGUGCGUUGAAAAAUAAAAUAGUCGUAAUUACUUAACCGGCCUCGGUAGUGCUUCUUGUGUGACACGCGGCACGUCCCGUCGAGCAGCUUUAUCUGCUAUCAGUGAAGCCAACGCACCUCCUCACGCAGCUACUCCAUCUCCCCUGGGGGGAGUCUGCGUUUUGUCUUUUUCUAUUACUACCCACGUUGCAGGCAAUUUUUGUUCGCUUUAAAUUUUAAAUACUUCAUCAAAGUUCGACCCGGUGCCUCGAAACAAAAAAGGAAAAAAGCGUAUAAUGAGCGCCAGCAGCAGCCAUGGGCCGUCGGCGUCCGUCAGUGCCGUUUCGACGCCAAUAAAUGCCGGCAACCGGCCGGAGUCGGCCCCAGCGUUUGGCAGCUCCCAGCCAGCCUCCACACCACCCAACUCGUCCUCAUCGGGUGGAAAGUUUCUCGACGUCAAAGCCGAGGAGAAGAAAAGCCGCCGUACAUCGCUGCAGAUGCUUCUGCCCAAGCUUCCUUCGAGCGACAGUGCCGGCCCCAGUCCCGGGCCGUCGUCUCCAGGAAUCUCGGGAUGGAACGACAACAGCCCAAAGAUCGAGUCCGGCUUCCCCGACAAGAACGACUCGGCCAAACUGAACCGAAAGGAGUCGUACAAAGCGCAGCGCAAAAACUAUCGCCGUGAGAAGAAGCGGGUGGCGUCGGAGCUGCUGAACUCGUUGCAGGACCCGGCAGUGAUCGUCCUUGCCGACUGGCUCAAGAUUCGGGGGACGCUAAAGUCCUGGACGAAGCUCUGGUGCGUGCUGAAGCCGGGUCUGCUGUUCAUCUACAAGAGCCCGAAAACCAAGAGCAGCCACUGGGUCGGCACCGUUCUGCUAACUUCCUGCCAGGUGAUCGAGCGGCCGAGCAAAAAGGAUGGGUUCUGCUUCAAGCUGUUCCAUCCGCUGGACCAAUCGAUCUGGGCGCCCCGCGGCCCGGACAAGGAAACGAUGGGGGCGGUCGUGCAGCCGCUCCCGACGUCCUAUCUGAUUUUCCGCGCCCCGAGUCAGGCCGCCGGCAAGUGCUGGAUGGACGCGCUGGAACUGUCGUUGCGCUGCUCGGCGCUGCUCGUGCGCUCGGUGCCCAACAUCGAUACGAAUCUGGCCGAGGGUGGUUCCUCGAGCACCACGCACGAGACGCAAUGGUCCGAGGCGGACUACGAGAAGCACUUCGACGAACAUGUGCCCCGUUUGAAGGAACACUUGAACUACCUGCUCAAGUAUCUGCCCCCGUCGCCACCGGACAAGCGCGGGCUGCGCGUAGAACCGAUAGAAAAGUCCCUCCCACGUAGCGCCUGCCCCUCACCGACACCGAUCUUUCAGCAGCUCUACCUAGCGGUGGCCCACUGGGAGCGGUAUCUGCGCGAUUCGCCCGACCUCUUCCGGUCGCGCUCGGUCGACAUCGGGCACCAUCAUGCGAUGCUGCGGGUCGACGAUGGCGAGGGCGACGACGAUGAGGAUGCCGUGUUUGCCGAUGGCACGCGGCGGAAGGCGGGCGAGCGGCGUCGCAACUCGUACCACGUCGGUGGUGGAACGAUGGAACCGUCCGACGGCACGAACCGGAUGCAGGUGGUCGGAUCGGAGAAGCUGCGGAGGCGCAGCUCACCGGCCGACUUCUCGAAGGAUCACGGCAUCACUAUCCGCAUAUCUGACGAUCAAUAUUUGGAUAUCGACAGUCAGCCCGAUCAGGGCACAAUGGUGUCGGCGGGAGAGUCCGACUCCGAGUCGGAUCUUGGCGAGGGUAUGGACGUGGAAGAGUUCCCGGAAACGCCGUACGUACACUCACCGGAGGAGGAGUUUGGGGCGGCCGGUGAGCAGGUGGAAGAGUUGCCGGAAGAGCAUAAGAGUUUGAUCUGGUUCCUGGUGAAGCAGGUCCGGCCCGGGAUGGACCUGAGCAAGGUGGUCCUGCCAACGUUCAUCCUGGAGCCUCGCUCGUUCCUCGAUAAGUUGGCCGACUCGUACUACCAUGCGGAUAUCCUGUCGCAGGCCGUACUGGAGGACGAUCCGUUCACGCGAAUGAAAACCGUCGUCCAGUGGUAUCUGUCCGGGUUCUAUAAGAAACCGAAGGGGUUGAAAAAGCCGUACAACCCGAUACUGGGCGAAACGUUCCGGUGCUACUGGCAGCAUGAUAAUGGCAGCCGGACGUUCUACAUUGCCGAGCAGGUAACGCAUCAUCCGCCCGUGUCCGUGUUCUACGUCACCAAUCGGCAGGAUGGGUUCUGCAUCAGCUGCAGUAUCCUGGCGAAGUCGAAGUUCUACGGCAACAGCACGUCGGCGAUCCUGGAGGGAGUGGCCACGUUGACGCUGUUGCCGCGUGGUGAAAGCUACACCCUUACCGUGCCGUACGCGCAUUGCAAGGGAAUUUUGAUGGGGACGCUGUCGAUGGAGCUGGGCGGGAAGGUGACGAUCGAGUGCGAGAACACUGGCUACAAGACGGAGUUGGAGUUCAAACUGAAACCGUUCCUUGGUGGCAACGAGUACACGAAUCUGGUUGUUGGCAAGCUGAAGCUUGGCAAGGAAACACUGGCGAAUAUAAACGGUCACUGGGACGGUGAGAUCCGGAUAAAGGACUCACGGACGGGUGAAGAGUCGUUGCUGUUCAAUCCGACGCCGGACAUAAAGGGAAAGCGGUUGAAGCGGUUCACUGUGCCGAUGGAGUCGCAAGGUACGAAUGAGUCGGAGCGGUUGUGGCAGCACGUCUCGGCCGCCAUCCACCGAGACGACCAGGUCGGAGCGACCGAGGAGAAAACGGCCCUCGAGGAAACGCAGCGCAUGUCGGCAAAGGAGCGGAAAGCAACCUGUACCGAGUGGGUGCCGCUGCUCUUCCAGCAGGACUUUGUGACCGGCCAGUGGCACUACAAGUUUGCCGAUCUACGCCCUUGGGAUCCGCGCAACGAUCUUCGCCAGUACGAGAGCAACUAUCGCAUCCAGACGAAGACGCGCCACCAGGCACCGAUGGUACGGACGGCGUCGGUGGUUAGCACCGACCCACUCAACAUACUGCAGGCGGAUUCACGCGGUUCGCUACGCAAGAAGCGUUCCGGUGCGCUCAAGGCACGGAAAAUUUCAUCCAAUACAUCCACACCCGAUCUGAAUGAUCCAAACUCGGACUCUAGUCACUCGAACGACCAUGACACCGUACUUUCUAGCACAAGAAUCAUGCAAACGCUUGACGAUAUCAACAAAAAGUUGGAGGAACACUCGAAGAAGCUCUGCAAGCUGCAGGUCGACAUGGACAAGAUACAUUGGGCCCCGCCGAGGCAGCGAGUGCCUGACGGACCGCUCGGUUUUCUCUCAUCCUCGCUUCGCGUAAAGACGAUCGUUUUUGUAGUCAUCGGAUUACUUCUGCAGCUGCUUACUUGGUAUCUGAUGAAACGUUCCCUCGUCAGUACGGCAACAGCGACGAAGGAUGCCUCCGAAGCCGCUGGCAGCAGCGAGAACUGAGUCAAUACCCCCUAAUCGGAUUUAGAAGCAAUCGAACCGGACGCGGACGCUUACAACUAGAAUAUGCUAUUUGAUACACACUUUUAUACACACUAUUAAUCGACAUCCCCGGUAGAGCUUCAUUCUACGCUCUUGCUAUACUCCCCGAGCGAGCUUUUCGUGCUAUACGUUUGUAGUACUUAGCUAGUACCGAGCAAUCACCAUGCCGCUCCUUUCAGACUCGUCGUGAUGGGAGCGUGUCGGGGAUCGGCUUACAGCUUUCCCCCCUUUCUACUCCAUACAAUCGAAUCAUCUUUUAUCCAUAAGAUUAACAAAGUCUACAUCAGUUUUCGUUUUCAAUACUUACCUACUCAAGUGACACUCCUCAUUACCGGACGACGAAAAGGGGAGUUUUGUACGUUUUCCUCCAGGGGAGUUGUUAGUAGCAAUGUGACGAAGUAAAGCUUUGGGAAAAGCUUUCGGUGAAUGCUUAGUUUUCCCCUUUACAUCUCAUGUAUCCUGAUUAAAGCGACCCCCGUUCGGUAACAUUCCAUUACGAUUUCGCGGACACCGACAGGCUAGCGAGGACACCGUUUUGUUCAAAAGGAUAUCAACUCGAUAGUGCCCUCUGGUGGCUGGAACAGGAACAGUCGUAGUCUGGCGCAAAUAUUACACACGGAUAACGCUUCGGUCUGCUCUACUCCUCGUGAAUCGCUCGCCCGUCUUCACCAGGUAGAAAUCUUUUCGAAUCUUUUAUUUUUCGAAUAUUUGACAUUUUCUCGUGCGAUAGUCACGACCAGUAAGGGAAAGGGAAAUCGUUGCGGUAAGGGCAAAUUAAAAAAAAAAGUCAAUAAUAAUUAUAGAUAUAUUAUAAUAACAUUAAUAGUGCUAAGAUUUCGCUUCGCUUGGUGACGGAGUGAAUAGAGCUUAACUCAGUUGAACGCGCGAUUACGGUUCGGCAACAAAUGGUUUCUCUGAAUGUUGUAAAAUUGAAAUCAGUAUAAAUGUAUUAGUUGUGAGUUGAUAA